CGACUAGAACUAGCAGCUAGCAACACAACAACAUUGAAAGCGUGUGAUAGAAUUUUGUGUGUGGUGUGUGUUUUUUUUUCCAUCCAUUUCUGACAGUCGGUCGGGUGCGUAGUGUUUAAAGUACAAAACUCUCGCAAUUGCAUUUGAGAUGGCAUCGAAGGGCGGCAAUCAGCAAUUCCAAGGUAACAACCGUGGCAUGCAGCGCCAGCGACAGCAGCAACAACAGCAGCAGCGUGCCAACGUUCGUGCGGCUAUUGCACCUUAUCGUAUGCCUUUCCGUCCGCACGGCCCGGGCCAGGGCCAUGCACAGGGACAGGGGCAGGGUCAGGCACAGAUGUACACGUCCUGCCAGAUGCCCAGUGAUCCGCUCUACGUUGACUUCAAUGGUCCGCCACCGGAGCCAGUUCCACCGCCGCCGACAACCGCAGCAGGAAAUGCGGGAGGCGCAACUUUGGCUGCGGGUGGCAAGAAGAAGGCGAUGAAGGGUAAACAGCUGAAGGGCAACAAUAACAACAAACAGCAACAGUUGCAGCAACAACAACAGCAACAGGGACACAAUUCGCAGUUUGCACAUCAAAUGCCCCCUAUGAUGAUGCAAGGCGGCGAUAACGGCUGGCAUCCGCAUCAGCAGCGUUUCCACACACCGCUCAAUGGCAGUCGGUUCAAUGCACCGCAUCGCAAUCGCGCCCAGGGACCAGCAAAUGGACGCUCCGCCCGCCAUAUGAUGGGCGGCGGCGGCGUCGGCGGACCAAUGGGCGGUCCUCGACGGGGCCCGGGACCAGUUAAUGGCGGUGGUAAUGGACCAAUGCCACCAUUUCCACCGAUGCCACCAUUCCAAGGACCAAUGCCGCCCAUGCACUGCCCCAUGCCACACAUGGGUGGGCCACCGCCACCACCGCCGCCACCAUUUAUGCGUCGCAAUGGUCGCGGUCUGCCCAAUCAUCCACAUCAUCCGCACCAUCAUCAUCAUCCGCCCAUGGCGCUGCCCUUGAUGGGGCCACACAUGAUGGGCGGGCCACGCGGCAUGCGUCCGUUGCGUGGCAUGCCACCGAGUGGCAUUCCGGGUGCACCGUUCAACAUGGCGCAUAUGAAUGGCAGGAAGAUCACCAAACCGAAUGCACAGCUGGUAAAGCAGGCGGUGCGGGGGAAGAGCAGUAUCAAGACAUUGGAGGAUCUGGUUAAUCAAUAUCCCAUCGAUAAGCCGUGGGUCAACGAUGAGAUACGUGCCGUCCACGGGGAGAAACUGGAUAUUGAGAACCGGCUGAAGGGCAACAAGGACGAUGAGCUCUUUGCCAAGUUCAAAGUGCAACGCGAUCGUUUUGUCGCGCUCUAUGAGGCGGCGCGGGAGAGUUACCUAAAGCGAGAAGCCGCCUCGGUGAUGGCCAAGGAUGCCACAGACAAAGAUAAAGACAAUGAGAAAAAAGCAGAUUUAAAUCAGAACGCCGUCGCGACUAAGAUCGAAAAGUCAGAGCUGUCGAAAGAGACAGAGACAGACAAAGAGAAAGAGAAAGAAACAGAAACUGAUCAUGAAACUGAAAACGAUAAUGAGAAUGAGAAUGAGAAUGAGAAAGAGAAAGAGAGCGAUGGGUCAAGUCCAAUAACUACCAUAAGAAUUACAACAAUAUUCAAUAAAUACAAUAACUAUUAGCGCCAGCAACAAUAAUUCAAAUAAAUCAAAUAACAACACAAAACAAAGGAUUGAAGAAAGAAACUACAACUGCAAAGCAUGUGAAAAAGAAUAGUUCAUAAAUAAAUGCAAUUUGUUAACUGCAAAUGCAACAGACAACAAAUCAGAAGUUAAGAACACUACAAUUAAAAAACACAAACACAAUGCAAAAACACAUGUUUCAAAUAAAGCAAAACACAAAUUAAAAAAAAAAAUAAUACACUACCACACACACACAACAUAGAAGGAUAACGAAUAUGAAAAAUUGCAAAAUUCGAUUUAUAAUGAUAAUUAUUAUAAGAGAAUGUCAGCCAAAUAGAUUUUUGUGUCGUACUCUUUGAUUUUGCGACUGAGAACUGAGCUUAAUUAAACCAAUUACAAAAAUUACAUGAUAACAAAUAAAUCAAAUAGUUGUACAUUUUUGCGACAAGAGAGAAAGAAAACUAACUAUUGCCUCCAUUAUUAAAUAUUAAACAUAAUUACGCUAAUUACGAUAAUAUUAAUAAUUAAUGAAUUAUUUAUUUUAAACUUAAAUGCUGCUAUGCAAUUCAAAUCAAUUUAAAUUCAUUGUUGAUUGUAUCUUUAGCUACGUAACGUUGCACUUAACGUAACGUAACGUUGUCACGUAACGUCACGUAUUGUAUUUGUCUGUUAAAUAUUAAGUGAACAAAAUAAGAAUUGAAAAACAAAAAAAUAA